AUGUUAUCUAAAUUAUUGUUACUAUUCUUAGUGAUUUUGAUAAGUUGCGAUACUGUAUUAGAUAAGGCAUGCAAUUGUAGUCAAAUUUAGAAUGAAACUGAUUGCAAAAGAAUACUAUGCAAAUAUGAGAAUGGUUAAUGCAAGGAAAGAGAGUAGGAAACCUAUUGUAAAUUGGCAAGCACUAUAGCAUAAUGUCCUGUUAGAGGAUGUGCAUUGUAUGAAAAUGUAUGUUAAGCAUUUGCUGGGUGUACUGCUUAUUUGGGUAAAACAUUUGAUGCUUGUAAUAAAAUAUCGGAUCUGUGUACAUCAGAUGGCGAAAGAUGUGUUCCAUUGUCUACUUGUGAUACAUAUCUAACAAAGACAUCAUGCUACAUAGAUAAUACCAAUUAAUAUUGUUAUUACGAUGAGAGUGACGCUGCAAAUCCCAAAUGUAAGACUGUUGCUGCUUGUAAAAAUUUACCUAUUGCUUUAAAAACAAAUCAAUAAUGCCGAUCAAGUAUUUCUACAUGCACUGUCAAUGAAACAAAUUCAGGAUGUGUUGAUUCAGGUAAGAACUGCAGUGAUCAAAAAAUUAAAUCAUAGUGUGUAACUAAUUUAGAUCAAACUAUGGAAUGCAAAUGGAAUGAAACAACUAGUACUUGUUAUGAUUACACUUGUGUAAAUGGAAAUGGUAAAACAGUUGAUGAAUGCCAGAAGUACAAAGAAACUUGUGUGUUAGCAGAGACAUAGGAUGGCACAUCUAGUACAUGUAAAGAUAUUGAUGAAUGCGUAAAUUACAAAUUUAUGGACACGUGUAAAAUUGGAAUUCAAGGAAAUUGUCUAUGGCUAGUAACUUAAGUGGAUGGCAAAGAUGUUGGGAAGUGUGUUGAUUAUAAUUGUUCUUAAGCCUCUGAUGAUUACAUCAAUGAUCAAUUAUGUUUGAAAUUCUUAGCAAGUUGCACAAUUGAUGAUGAUGGUCUGGGAUGCAAAAUGAGAGAAGCAGAAUGCUCAUCUUAUUCAUAAGUCUCUUAAUGUGUUUCAACUAUUGAUGGAAAUUAAUGUUAUUGGAAUAAGUCUAAGUAAAUAUGUGUUAGUUAUAAUUGUGAUAAUGCAUAAGUUGAUACAUAUACUUCUGAAAAUUGUAAUAAGUUUUUAAGUAUUUGCACUGCUAACGUUGGAUAAACUCAAUGUGUUAAAAAGUAAUGUACAGAUGCAUUAACCUCACAAUUAUGUACUAAGUUAGGAUCAUGUAUUUGGUAAGACAACAAAUGCGUAUCAUUUACUUGUGCCAAUGCCCCAACAACUUUGACUACUAAUACUGCCUGUAGCAAUUUUUUAGAUAAAUGUUAUACAACUGGAGCAGGUUGUUCAUCUAAUGGAACUUGUACUGAUAUGAAAACAGAGGCUGCUUGUAAAACAGACUCAUAAAAUAAAAAAUGCAUUUGGUUAAGUUCAGCAUGCAAAGUCAAGACCUGUUCCGACCUUGUCUAUUAUAGUCAUUCUGAAUGCAACGACUAAUUAGAUACGUGCACUUCUGAUGGUACAAAAUGCAUUACUUAAGCAGUCAAAUGCAGUGACUAUAAGCUUUCACUAAGUUGUGUUAUUUCAAUAGAAGGACCUUGUUUGUGGAUUGACAGUUAAUGUUUCCUUUUUUAGGAUUGCACUAGUUUAUCUGGUACAACUCAUUAGUUUUGUAAUCUAGCAAAUAGCAAUUGUACAACUGAUGGUACAAAAUGUGUACCAAUUACAAGUUGUGCAAAGACACUAUAAACUGGAUGUUAUGUUGGUACAGAUGGGGAUUGUGUAAGAAAUCUUGAUAAAAGCAAUAAUACAAUUUGCGAAAAGUUUACAAAAUGCACAUAGAUGAAUUUUACUACUCAUUUUUAAUGUUUUCGUGAAAAAAAGACAUGCACAGUAAAUUCAGAUAAAAAGACAUGUAUGGACUUAUCAAGUGCAUGUUCCAAUUAUACUAUACAAGAUAAACUUUUUGUUAAUGGGAUACAACAACAUUAAAAUGCAGAGAUUAAAAAUGCACUGAUAUAAUAAAGACAACUCAUGGGGACUGUUAAUUAGCAAAUGUUAAAUGUACAACUGAUACUAGCAAAUGUAUUGAUAUCUAAAAAUGUGAUGGUUACACUAUUAGUGAUUUAUGCAAAUAUGGAUCAGAUGGCACUUGUAUUUUUGACACAAUUGAAAGUAUGCACUGAUAUCACAGAUGUCAAGUAAUGUACAACCUUAGCCAAUUGUUUAGCAGAUACAUCUAGUUGUGUGGCUAAGUCUACAUGUGCAUCAUAUAAGACUGAGAAUAGUUGUGGAUUCGAUGGAACAGAUGGAGUUUGUACAUGGAAUAACAGUACUUGUUCUGUGAUGACUAAAUGUGAAGAUGCCAAUUCAUUUGAGAAAGGAUGCAAGAAGAAGUCAGAAAUUUGCAAAUGGACUCCUAAACCUAGUAAUGGUGGUUCAAGUUCAUGCAAACCUUACACUUGUCAAAGCAAGAAUUCUGGUAGUACUUGUCUCCCUUUAGUUGCCUUUAGUGAAACUGAAUAUUAGGUUUGUGCAGAAAUACAGUUGACUUGUCAAUCAGCUAGCAUUUCAGAUUUAACUGAAGACACUUGUUUUAUCAAUAGUGCCAAAAGUCAUUAUUGGGACAAGACCACGAAUAAAUGUUUAGCUUGCAAUGGGACUACGGUGACUAAUACUACAGUUAUUGACAGUAGUUAUUCUUGGAUGAUAGGUACAAUAUAUCUAUAUAUUGCUUUCGUUUAAUUUUGA